AUGGCACACUGUAUAUUUACUCUAUUUAUCUAUCUAUCUAUCUAUCUAUCUCGAACUGUAUUCGUCCUACCUGGACAAUCCAUCAGACUUCUUCCCGGUUGCAUCUUUGUCUCUUACCCUCUCUCUCUCUCUCUCUCUCUCUCUCUCUCUCUCUUUUUGUCUCUCUCUUUCUCUCUCUCUCUCUUCCUCUCUCUUCCUCUCUCUCUCUUUCUUUCUCUCUCUUUCUCUCUCUCUCUCUUUCUCUCUCUCUCACUCUCUUUCUCUCUCUUACUCUCUCUAUCUCUCACUCUUUUUCAUUUUUUCCCCUCUUCUCCUAUUCAUAUCUAUCUAUCUAUCUAUCUAUCUAUCUUAGCCUAUCUUAAUCUGUUCAUUAUUUAUCACAGUCUAUUCAUAUCUAUCUCAACCUAUUCAUAUCUAUAUAUCUCACCUACUCAUAUCUAUAUCUAUUUCAGCCUACUCAUAUCUAUCUAUCUAUCUAUCUAUCUAUCUAUCUCAGACUUUUCUUUCUUUUCCCAAAUUUACAUUCUAUCUAUCUAUCUAUCUAUCUAUCUAUCUAUCUGGCUUGUUCGUAAUCUAUCUAUCUAUCUAUCUAUCUAUCUAUCUAUCUAUCUAUCUAUCUAUCUAUCUCUCCCCCCCUCUCUCUCUCUCUCUCUCUCUCUCUAUAUAUAUAUAUAUAUAUAUAUAUAUAUAUAUAUAUAUACAUAUCUCAGACUAUUCAUUAUAUAUCUUUAA